UAAAAGCGAUCUCUUACAGACAACAGAAAAAUAUUAUAAGUUAUAUUAACUUGAAUAUGUAAACGAAACGCACCAAAAACGUCAGCUGUGACGGUGUUUCCAAACUUUGCUGUCAACGUCAAAUUUUACAUCAACAAAAAAGUAACCUACAAAUUUCGACCUCGGACUCACAAUAACAAGAUGUUGCGGAAUAUUUUGCGUACCAGCCGGUGGCUGGCACGAAAACAGAUCAAUAUUUUAUCCCCAGUGUUGCUACGCCGCUAUCCUUGCAUCAAUUCAAGAACCGUUCAUCAACAUUUUAGCCGCCAAAUUGCUACAACCCCACCGACCCCUGAGGUCUCAGAUGUAGAACCCGCAGUUUUUGAAGAAAUCUGCAACGAAACCUUAGAAUCUCUUUGUGACUACUUCGAAGAAAUUGUGGAUGGAGCACCAAACUUGAAAGGCGCUGACGUAACUUUUAGUGAUGGAGUGCUAACCGUAGCUCUUGGCUCAACCUAUGGAACUUACGUAAUAAAUAGACAAACACCUAACAAGCAAAUCUGGCUGAGUUCACCUGUGUCCGGACCAAAACGUUACGACUUAGUACUCAAGGAUAACGGCUAUUGGGUCUAUAAACACGAUGGAGUAACACUACAUCAAUUACUACAAAACGAAAUAUCAAAAAUAGUCAAGAACAAAGUAGAAUUCAAUAAGUGCUCACACAGCGUCGUUUGAAAAUUGUACAUUUUAUUUAUUUUAGUAAAUAGGUUUUAUUGUUUCGA